AUGGCAUUAGUCUUUUUCAAAGAAUUUUACAGACGUCGAACUGAACAGGCAAUGACCGCCCCAGAUGAUCGUGUGUCAGACAAUGAGCUGUAUUGGAUAUACAUACGCAGUAUGGCUCCUGCGUUCAUGCUUGUCGCAUGCACUAGCAUCCUGUUGACCUCGUUGCAGUUUGUCAAAUCACAGGCCGCAUUCAUUGCAUCCUGUGUUCUUCUGGCAGUCUAUCGAUCUCUGCUAUUUAGUACCUGUAUCAAUUUUAUUAUGAUUGCAUUCCCUCUGAGAAACUUCGGUUUAGUCAAUGGCAUAACCAACACCAUCAGUUGUCUUAUUAACCUAUUGGAAAACGCUCUGAAACAAGUGCCAAUCAUCCCGGGCACUGGUAUUGCUCUGGGAAUUUCCUGUUUGGUUCUUCUCACACCAAUAUUUUUCUUCAUCAAACGCCGUUGA